AUGCCAGACGCCGAGAACCCAAAGCCAAAGGAGCUUGACUCGCAAGACACGCCAUCCAAGGCGACAGAGCUCUCGAUAGAAGAGUUCCAUGAGCGUGCGGACCACUACCUGGGCGAGCUGCUUCAGAGGUUGGAGGAGGCACAGGAGAACGACCCUGCCAUUGAGGUCGACUAUUCGGCUGGCGUCCUCGAGGUCACACUGCAACAAAAUACAUUCGUCUUGAACAAGCAGCCUCCCAACAAACAAAUCUGGUACAGCUCCCCAAUCUCAGGCCCCAAGCGCUUCGACUGGGUCGUGUCGCAGGAGGGCAUGAGUGAAAAGGAGGGCUGUGGUAUCGGAGACUGGGUAUAUCUGCGAGACGGUUCCUCGCUCACGGAGAUCAUCAGAAAGGAGCUGGGUGUUGAUGUCAGCGUCGACGACGAGGUCCCGCGCUGA